AGCGAUUGCUAUAAGAGCCGUCCCGCUCUCCGAAUUCCGCUCAGUGCUGCUCCUCAUUUGGUAGAGUGUACAUCGCGGGAUUUCAACAAUCAAAGUUCUCGAGAAGGAAUCAUGUUGGACUUUUACUAUAUGCUGUACUCGGCACCCUGCCGUUCAGUCCUGAUGACUGCCCUUGCCUUGGGAUUGGAUCUGAACAAGAAGCAGGUCGACCUGGAUGCCGGUGAGCAUCUGAAGCCCGAGUUCAUCAAGAUCAACCCCCAGCACACGAUUCCCACUCUGGUGGAUGGUGAUUUUGUCAUCUGGGAGUCGAGGGCUAUUAUGAUGUAUCUGGCUGAAAAGUAUGCCAAGGAUGACUCACUGUACCCCAAGGAUCCCCAGCAGAGGGCCGUGGUGAAUCAUCGCUUGUUCUUCGACCUGGGCACUCUCUACCAGAGCUACGUCGACUACUACUUUCCCCAGUUGUUUGAGGACGUGAAGAAGCCGGCUGAUCCCGAGAAGAAGAAGAAGAUCGAUGCAGCCUUCAAUAUAUUGAACACUCUGUUGGAAGAUCAGCAGUAUGCAGCCCUCAACAAGUUGACUCUGGCCGACUUUACCCUGCUGGCCACCGUAUCCACUUUUGAAAUAACAGGGUAUGACUUUGGAAAAUAUCCGAAUGUGGUCAGGUGGUACGAUAAUGCCAAGAAGGUGAUUCCGGGCUGGGAGGAGAACUGGGUGGGCUGCGAGUACUACAAGAAAUUGUAUCUCGGCGACCUUCAGGACAAACCUGCCACACGGGACUCGAAGAAAGCCUUCAUCUGCUGUAGACCCUCCCAGUUCUCAUCCCAUCCGGGAGUCACCUUCUUGGCGUUGGCGUACCACCUGACCACAUUGGAUGGCAAUAUCGGCCACGGUGAGCUGGUCUCCGGCCACGUAGUCCUGUCCCUCCAGGAAGGUGUCCAGGAACCCGAAGGCGGUAUCGAUUUUCUUGAAGUCCUCUUCGGUGCCCGGCUUUCCGGUGCGGAAAAGGGGAUAGUAGUACUUGGCAAAGGCAUCGGUCAGAGUGCCCAUGUCGAAGUACAGGCGCUGGUUAACCACGGCCUGCUUCUUGGGAUCCUUGGGGAAGAGGGAGUCAUCCUUGCCCGGUCCCGCUCUCCGAAUUCCGUUCAGUGCUGCUUGUCAUUUGGUACAGUGUACAUCGCGAGAUUUCAACAAAUAAAACUUAAAAUGGCUGACUUCUACUACCUGCCCGGCUCCGCCCCCUGCCGCUCCGUGAUCAUGACCGCCAAGGCCGUGGGCGUCGAGCUGAACAAGAAACUGCUCAACCUGCAGGCCGGCGAGCAGCUAAAGCCGGAGUUCCUGAAGAUCAACCCCCAGCACACCAUUCCCACGCUGGUGGACAACGGGUUCGCGCUGUGGGAGUCGCGCGCCAUCCUGGUCUACCUGGUGGAGAAGUACGGCAAGACCGACUCGCUGUACCCCAAGUGCCCCAAGAAGCGCGCCGUGAUCAACCAGCGCCUGUACUUCGACAUGGGAACGCUGUACCAGAGCUUCGCCAACUACUACUACCCGCAGGUGUUCGCCAAGGCGCCCGCCGAUCCCGAGGCCUUCAAGAAGAUCGAGGCGGCCUUCGAGUUCCUGAACACGUUCCUGGAGGGACAGGAGUACGCCGCCGGCGACUCGCUCACCGUCGCUGACAUCGCCCUGGUGGCCUCCGUCUCCACCUUCGAGGUGGCCGGAUUCGAGAUCAGCAAGUACGCCAACGUCAACAAGUGGUACGAGAAUGCCAAGAAGGUCACCCCCGGCUGGGAGGAGAACUGGGCCGGUUGCCUGGAGUUCAAGAAGUUCUUCGAAUAAGCCUGAUAUUACCACCCAUUUAAUACCCUUACAUUUGAUGUAGUAUUUAUAUUCACGUUUCACGUUCACGCAACAAUUCCAAAUUCGCCUGUCUACGAAGACAAUAAAUAAGUGUUCGCUUUUUUGAAUGCACAAA